AUGCUGGGCUACAAAAAUCCGGUCAACCUCUCAGCUGGUAUUGCUCUGGCCACAACUGUGAAGAAGAUGGUGAAUUUCCCAGACUCCUUUCUGCCCAGCUGCCUCAUCUCUCAUUUGCUCCUCCUUCUCCUCCAGCUGCCCAUUCUGGGCUCAGCUCAGUUUGUUGUGAUCGGACCUGCCGAGCCCAUCUUGGCUCAGGUUGGGGGAGAUGCUGAGUUACCCUGUCACCUGGACCCCACGAUGAGCGCUGAGAACUUGGAGGUGAGGUGGAUCCGAUCCCAGUCCUCUGACAUUGUGCAUCUAUACAAGAAAGGGGAAGACCAGCUUGAAAAGCAGAUGGAGGAGUAUCGAGGGAGGACGGAGUUGGUGAGAGACACCAUCGCUACUGGGAGUGUGUCUUUGAGAAUCAGCAAUGUCACCAUUUCUGAUGAUGGAGAAUAUCAGUGUCUUUUCAUAGACGGCUCAUUUCAGAAUGAAACCAAUCUGGAGGUGCAUGUGGCAGCUGUGGGCUCAGACCCUCUCAUCCACCUGGAGGGGCACGAGAAAGGCGGGAUCCGGCUGGGGUGCACUUCGACCGGGUGGUACCCAGAGCCCCAAGUGCAUUGGAGAGAUGUCAGGAGAGAGACGAUCCCAUCCCUGUCCGAGUCCCGACCCCGAGCCUCAGACGGCCUGUUUGGUGUGGUGGCGACCGUGAUCAUCCGAGAAGGCUCUGUGGGGACCGUUUCCUGCUCUAUCCGGAACCCCCGCCUCAGCCAAGAGAAGGGGACAGAGGUUUCCAUAGCAGGUCUCUUCUUCCCAAGAACAAAUCCCUGGAAGAUCGCUACAAUUGUGAUCCUAUCAAUUCUGGGACUUUUCCUUGGUAAUUGUGGUUUAGUAUUUUGGAUAAAAAUAUUGAGUGAUCAGUAUGAUUUAUAA